CAUAGGCAAACGUGGUGCGGACUUUGCAGCCCAUGUAGCGUCUUUUGUUGUAUGUGUUGCUGUCAGUACGAGCUCGUAUAGGCCGUCUCGGCACUGUACCAGAGUCGGACGCUGGGCCAGGAUGCCAAAAGCCGAUGUUUGCGCCCACAGUUCCUUUGUUCGACGGUGCCCUGAUCGCCUGACGCCGACGCGCCAUUCGAACUCUUGUUCGUGAAGGCAUCGAUAUCGCCAGCCCUCUUGACCCUCACAAUCAAGACAUGUCUCACGCAUCUUGACUCUUGCAUCCUGAUUCUACCUUCCGACCUUCACGUACCAGUCUCCUCCUAGCUCGAAACCACUCCGCUGUCUGCCUCUCUGCUUUCCACUGGCUGGAAUAUCCUUUUCCAGAAUGCUCACCCGAACAGGUGCCGCCUUCGUCGGGCUCAACUUCGUACGUCUCCUCUCCAUCACUGCUCUUCUCCUCGUCCUCGCAGCCACCCUAGAGGUGAUGGUCAUCGACGGCAGGCUCGUCGCUGCCGCACGCAAGGAAGAUGCGGAAGUGUGGGAUGACUGCGAAUACGUCCCUGGCACAGAUGUCCCUACGCAUACUUGGGGUCUUUUCUGGACGCAGCUCGAUAGAACUUUUGUACUCGUCUUGUGUAUCAUUUGCGUCUUCAGUGAAGCAAUGCUGAUCUUGGUCUUACCUAUGGGAGCAGAGGCCAACUGGGGUGGCUACUGCGAGAAAGCGUUCAAUUAUUGUCUUCCCGUAUUGGGUCGACGGUCAGGCACUGGCGCACUGGGAGGCGUCCAAAUGAUGAUCGGCGCCAAUCUCCUCUCUCACUACUCCGAAGGCUUUCCUCUCGCUACGGCCUGGCUCCUCUUCUUCGUCGGUCUCAUCAACUUCCUUUUCGGUAUCUCCUUCAAACAGCCAGCGAAAGAUUACCGCUCCUUCACCGCAUCGCGCCGACUGGCAGCCGGCAGCAUCGGCUGGCCCAGACGCAGGACGGUCACAGAGGACAUCGAAAAGGCUCCCAAAUCCUUGGCUGGUGAUGUCCAGCAGGUGCGGACGCUGGGUGAAGCCUUUGCACAUUCUGGAGCUGAUAUCAGGGCUCAUCAGGAGCUCUUGCGGGCACAAGCUCGUCAGGCCAAUGAGAAGGUCGAGCGAGACAUCGAGGCUCGUCUAGCUUCCGAAUUCCGCGGUGACUCCAAGCAUUCUGCCAAGAUGGGAAGCGACCGUGGUCUCUCGGGCGCCUUUAUGUACGACAGCGAGCAGGGCACCACUGUAGUCAUCGGUCGACCGGCAACGCGUGCUGCUUCCAUUACCUCUGCCUCCGUAUCGCACGUGGUGCCUGCUCAAUCCCGCAGAGGGUCUCACACGGUUGCAUCUCCACCUUAUACGCGCGAGCCUACCAACUACUUCACAGACGGCAGCCCAGCACGAGGACCUACUGCAGCACUCCCUGCCUCUUCACACGUCGCGCCAUCUGUCGUCUCCUCUGCAAAAGGCGGCUUCAAGCGCAAAUCUCUCGCUCUCGCCAAAGCCACACGACGACGACUAAGCAACAGCUCGACUGUCCGCGCUGGCACCGCUGGUCGACGCAGUGUUCUCUGGGGCCAAGGCACACACACCGUACCCAGUCUCACACGCCGACGUCUAGCGCAGCAGGCCGAGAAGGAGCGAGCACAGCUGCUCCGUCUAGCUGCCGAGCUCAAGCUACCCAGAAGCGACGAACACAAUGCUGCUGCUGCCAGGUGGGAGCCCGUCGGUCCCACGGCUCCCUCCGCCAAGUCUACUUACUCUCGUGGUGACGAAGAGGCGCUCGUCACAAGCUACUCGCCCACCUCUACUACUGGCUUCACAUCCCAUAUGAGCCUGGCCGCUUCGCCGCUACAGGAGCUGCCGCUGCCGCUUCCAUGCCUGCAGGAUCCCGCAUAG